CGUGGUUCUGUCGAGUUUCUUUCCUCCUCCUCCUGAUCCUCCUCUUCUUCCGUCCUGGUGUUCCUGUUGUUCGUUGCUGCUGUUGCGUUCUGUGCGUGCUUUUCUUCUUUUUUGGCGUUUUCCAGUGCGUCAACUGACGCGAUGGUGUGGAAAGCGUUUAGGGCUGUAUUUUCUUUCGUUUCGGUGCUUCGUGGUUGUGUCGGUUUUCUUCUCCUCCUCCUCCUGAUCCUCCUCUUCUUCCGUUCUGGUGUUCCUGUUGUGCGUUGCUGCUGUCGCGUUCUGUGCGUGCUUUUCUUCUUUUUGGCGUUUUCCGGUGCGUCAACUGACGCGAUGGUGUGGAAAGCGUUUACGGCUGUUUUUUCUUUCGUGCUCGUUUGUGGCUGGUCGUCUUGUCUGUGGCCGGCUUUGGAGAUUAGUUCGGGAAGGACAUGAAGAUAGGUCAUGGGCUGCUGCGGCCUUUGUGUGCGUGCUGCCGCCUGCUGCACUGU